GUAACAGUGGCCACACAAACAGGACAUGAAGUGCCCGAUUUUGCCUUCAAUCCGGACAAGAUGACGAUGGACCAGCACUGCUACGAGUGCAAAGUGCGGUACCGAGACCCCAAACCGCAGGAUUUGGUCAUGUACUUGCAUGCCUGGAAAUACCGGGGUCCAGGCUGGGAAUUCGAGACGGAGCUUCCAGAAUGGGCGAAAGUCGACUGGGCGGACCCGGACAUAAUAUCCGAGUGAUACUGGUGAACGUGUUCGUUUCCUUUUUGUUACAUACGGCAUCUCUUAUCCGCUCUGUCUUUCCAUUGCUCUUAGAAUUUAAAUGCGCCGGUCGGUCAAGUCGAGUCUUCUAUUUGCCGAUGAGCUUUUUAUCAAAAUUCGACAAUACACAAACUUGUACCAGAAUUAGGUAACCCAAUCGAUAUGUUAGGGAUAAGAUAUGCAGAGCCGGUGAACGCAUUUCAUUUCCAUAUAAAUAGGAUUUUCACUUGGCCGACUUAUGUAAAUGGGUAUAUUUUCCCGUAAAAGGCAGGGUCCAAUAACAAUCACUUUAAAUAAAUGGUGGUACAUUUUGUUUUUCGAGUAUAUGCAGUCGCGUCUCAGGAAAUGCUGCAAUGGACGAACAAGUAACGUGCGAGGCGCGCUUGUUUUUUUCGGUUUGAGUAGCGUAAAGAUAUAGAUUAUUUCGUAUUUCAGUGCUGCAACUCAUUAGACUUUCUCCAUUGUGAGUGUAAGAAAUUGAACAUCAAUCAAAAGUAUUUUUAUAAUAAAUUGUAAAAAACCCCUUAAAAACUCUUUCAUCCUUCUAACGGUUAAGCUGUUUUACUUGUUCAUAGAUAUUUACUUGUAGCCCCGCAGGUGGUUGCUGGCUUUUCGCGGUCUUUCAACGGGCUCAGAACGGCUAGACGCAUCUCGUUCAUUUAAAUCUAACUGUACGUACUGGAAUACAUAUUGUGCCUUGGAUGUGUAUUGGGACAUCAUUUGCAGAAGUAAAAAUAGUACUAUAAAAAUGUAUAUCCACGAUUUCAUAUCAAGCUGCUUCGGACCCUUGCUUAGUGUGAAUUAAUGUAUUAUUAGAGGCAGGAAUUCGCCGCAAGGGAACUCUGAUAGAGACUCUUUGUCCCGGAGUUCGUUUGCGUCGAUUCGGCGAUUUAUUGUUAAAUUUGGUACUUAUAUAAGGUAUACUUGUAAGCACUGGCUCGGAUUGUUUCUAAAUAUGGGUACGUUUUACACGGUUGACUAUUGAUUGAUCAAGGCCAAUAGUUUUGCGUGCAACCUCUUCAAUUACUGUGUUGUUUUAUGUAGGGUAUUUAUAUAAAAGACAAUAUUUGUUUGUGAUAUUUAGUUAAUGUUAUGCUUGUUUGAUCCCAUACUCAUUUUUUGCUCUGCAUUUGGCUCGAAUCUCUUACCAAGUCCCUGUUCCUCUUGGCAUUUUUCUCUUUACUCUCGCAACUCUUCAGUUCAACGCAAGUCUUGUGUUAACACCAACUAACACCCUCCCGUUUUCUUGUAACAAAGCAAGCAGUAUUACAUUGAUUUAAGAAAAGACAACAUAAACAUUCAGACAAUAAUGUAUGUUUUGCAUUUGUGUUAUUGAUUAUUUUUAUUGUAUUGUUGGGGAAUCGCCGCUAUGAUCGCAUGGCGAUUUUCGUUGUUACUUUUUCGAGGACUGUUGAUUGUUUCUUAGUUGUUUAAGGCGCGAGGAACGUGUUUAGUCAGUGCUUUAGGAUCUAAGAAUCAUAAUUGUUUUUAAGGGCAUUUGGUUUUCUAGUUUAUCAGUUCUUGUUCCAGACGUAUCCUGAACAGCCUAAUCAAAUAUUGCGUUAUUCGAUGUUGGUUCUGGAGCCUACAUUUUGCCCAUGUUCCCAACAAUCAUUGACGUUAUACGUGUUGUUAAGUUUGAAUCGAAAACUUCGACUGGGAAAUGCGCAUUUGUCCGUUAUUUUAGAUUAUCAACCGUUUUGUUUUAUAAACUUUCUGUGUAAAAUAAUAAAUAAUGAAACUUCUCACAUGGAGCAAA